AUGGCGCCUUCUCUUCUGCAAAUUGCCUUUGUGUUCUUCCUGCCAGAGUCUCCACGAUUCCUGAUGAGCAAGGACCGCCAUGAGGAAGCGAGCCGAAUCCUGAUCAAGUAUCACGGUGAAGGCAAUGCAGACUCAGACUUCGUCAAGGCUGAGAUUGCCGAGGUGAAGACGACUAUUGCUCUUGAGAUGGAGCAGUCCAAGCGGUCCUGGCUCGACAUGCUCCGAACUGCCGGAAUGCGACGCCGUGUACUCAUCGGAUCACUCCUCGGAGUUUUCACUCAAUUGUCGGGCAAUGUAGUCAUCAGCUACUACCUUGGUGAUUGCCUCAAGCUUAUCGGCUAUACCAACUCCGAUUUCCAAGCCAAGUAUAAUCUUGGAAAAGAAUGCUUCAACUUGGUCUGCGCAGUGACCAUCGCCCUUUUCGUCAUGAAGUUCAAGCGGCGAACUAUGUACAUGACGGGCAUCCUUGCGUACCUUGUUGAACUCUUCCCCUUCGCGACCCGAGCACGCGGUAUUGCCAUCUUCCAGUUCUUUGGCAAGGCUGCCCAGUUCUUUGGCACGAACGUCAACCCUAUUGGCUUCGACAGCAUCGGCUGGAAAUGGCUCCUCGUGUACUGCUGCUGGAUCUUUGUGGAAGCCGUCUUGAUAUGGUUCUUGUGGCCGGAAACUUCUGGGCGAACUUUAGAAGAACUUGCCUUCCUUUUCGAGGACGAGGAGCUUGCUCACCGGACCACGGCUGCCGUGGAGAAGCAGAUCCAUGGAGAGGAACUUGGCAAUCCCAAUACUACUGCGGAACACAGGGAGGCCUAA